AUGGCGGCCCCGGAGACUCCAACUGAAAUUGCCCUGCCAUCGGCCGAGAUCGAGGAGUUACCGUUCACCACAACUCUACCAGUUCAUGUCCAACGACUCAUGUACGGAGGCAAAGUGAUCAAAUCCCGAUCACAGUGCCGAGGAGAUCCCCAAGGUAUGUUAACAUUUACUGACCUAAAAGAAAGUCUGAAAGAGCUGCCAAAACCCCUACCUUGGCUGAAAGGAAAGAGCGAAACACACAUUUCCAAGAGGGAUGAGAAAGAGGAACGCCUAAAAGAAAACACACCAAAGCUGAGACUUUCAGCUUCAAAAUUCGUUUCAGCGUCACCUAGCAGGGAGCACCCAAUAUCGAAAAGGUACAAGAUGGAUAAAUCCUUGCAGUUUGAGAAAAUGAUCAGUCAAAACAUCAACAGAAAGAUCGCGUUUGUUCCGCUUCCCUUGGAUACCCGAGGCAUGCCUGCCUAUGUGGUAUCCCGCCUAGAGACUGCCUGCAGGUCGGCUCGCUACGAGCUGCCAAUGAACAAGUCCCACCUUGAGAAAAUGACCCCACUGGAGUACCUUACAACGUACACACGUCUCUAUAAGGAGCAGAGGGACCGCUACAUGAGGAUAUAUAAGAAAUUCAAACAGAAGCACAAUGAUUACGUGGAGUACAAUAACCUGUACCCAGCCUUGAACUCCAUGUUUGGUGGCUUCUUGAGUAAGAUGAACUUUGAAAUCCUCUCUGUGGCCUUGUUCCUCGAUGAUUCGAUGACCUUUGACCCCAACCCUUUUAUUGCCAUCUGCACCUUCACGGACAGGCUGUACUGGACAGCCUACAUAGAGGGCUCCAACACGUUUAACUACUGGGCCCCAAACAGAUCAGCAAUAGAAGUAAUCGAUUUUCUCAACUUAAAGUGGAAACUGGAGGGCCUGAAAAUUAGCAAAGAACUACAAUGUUUGCUGCAGUCUUUAGCCUAG